CUUGGCAGCUGUUUAUUGGUUGUCAGCUUGUCUGUGGCCUUUUAUUGCAUUGUAUAUCUUGAAUGGUAUCAUGGAAUUGAGGAUUACGAUACUAGCUACCCUGCACUAAUACCAAUCACAACUGCGUGCUUUAUUGCUGCAGCAGUUUGUUUUAAUAUUUCCUUAUGGCCUGUAUGGUCUUUUCUGACACCUCUGAUCCUCUUCGUCCAGUUUAUGGGAAUCGUGAUGCUUGUAUCACUCCUGGGCUAAGCCUCUUUGAUUCUAUGUCAGUGCCUUUCUGCUAAGAUGUCUACCAGAAUUGAUCAGCAUCUACCUUCAGUAAUGCAUACGCUUUUGAGUAUGUGGCUUAAGGUUUCCUUUGGUGAGCUUGGAUGGAGCAGCUCCAUGAGACGUGAACUUCAGCAUGCAGUGGAGAUCUGAACAAAAGCCUGCAUUGAUUUCUUCGGUAUGCAUGUGUGUUACAGACACUGUGGAAUCAUGUAUGGAGCUAUCUUCAAAAUGAAGUGAACUGAGGGGUGUGUACACACACACACUUGAAGAACGGUAUUUUGUCUUUAUGGAAUGUUGGGUCCAAAUAAUUAUAUUUAACUACUACAUUUAUAAAUUGCAGAAUAAUUUGCAUUUUACUCCAGUAUUCUUAUUUAAUAAAUAAAUACUUAGUGGUA